CAUUGCGGAACAAACACCCAUCUAAGCAGAAUCGACACGGUCAGCUGAGUGUUUCGGGGCCGUUGGUUAAUAAAAUCCCAACCCCAAUCACCAUAACCGAACGGCCAUCGCCAGCGCCGGCCAGAGCUACGCUGGCUUCACCAGCAACAUCCGGCCAGUCGUCCUGCAACCGCGAUCGGGUGAACAUCGUCGUCGCGUCGCUCGGGCUCAGGCUUAUUGUGGCAUUCAACACAGUGAACGUGACGGAACAGAGAGCAGACAGAUCGGCACGACGCGCGUGUUGUCCGAUCGGUGCCGGGAGAAAAGAAAAAUACUGUGUGCCAUGGUGCAUCUGUUAAUCUGUUGAAGCAGUAAAAUCGAGGGCAAGAUUGCGUUCAAAUCUGAUAGCGAACUUCGGGCUGUGAAGUGAUAAGCACACAGUGAUCGGGCAGCUAAUCGUUUCCUGGUAACUUCCCGCAUGUGAAAAUGACACGCCAGUGAUUGUUUGUCGGUGUCGGAACGAAUUGGUGGCGGACUUCAUCGACGCGCGAGUUUAUGUUUACGACUUUCUGGUGCUUCCGUUGCAACGUGAGAGCAGCGAUUCCGAUGCAGUGAUAGCCAACGCCUAGCACUCUAUUGAAGAUCUGUCCGCCCGGAAGUUGAACUGCGUGUCCGGGACCUCAACCUCACUCACCAGCCACCGGCGAUCACCGCGCACUCCUCACCAUGGUGCUGGUCCUGAACGGAAUCAUACAGGACGAGCGUCCGAUCAACACCCAUGCGCUGUUCCUGGAACACCCGGUCUACCGCGAAACGGCCACACAGCUUCUCUCGAUUCCGACCAAAACGGUUGGAGCCCCCGGGUUGCUGUACGUUUGCCAGCGGGAAAUGGCGGCCGUAGCACCGCACGAUCGCAACGUGAACAUCAUCGGAUCGGACGACGCCACCACGUGCAUCAUCGUUGUCGUGCGGCACUCGGGAUCCGGAGCGAUAGCGUUAGCACAUCUGGACGGGAACGGAACCGACGAGGCCGUAUCGGCGAUGGUGGCUCGCGUCCAGGAGCUCGCGUUCGGUUACCCGGAGGGCCGCAUCGAGCUGCAGCUGAUCGGAGGCUUCGGGGAUCCGCAGGGCUACGCCGAGGAUCUGUUCGGCACCAUCAUGCAAUCGUUCCACAAGCAUCCGCUCGAGAUCGAUCUAACGCAAUCGUGCGUCGGCGAGCUCAACACGAUCGCGCGCGACGAGGUCAACUGGCCCAUCAUCUACGGGGUCGGUGUGAACAUAAAAACGGGCGAAAUCUUUCCGGCCACAUUCCCGGACAAGGGCCCGGAUAUUCCGCUCCGAUUGGCCCGGCACUUCACCGGAAGCCACCAGGUGCUAGACAUCUACGACUCCGCGGUCGGCAUGCUGCGGAUUGGACCGUUCAACUAUGACCCGUUGCGCGGCGUCGACCUGUGGCUGGCGCAAAGCGACGAGUUUAUUUUGAAGCAUCUCUCCACCAGUCCGGAUGUGGAACCGCCACACUUUGCCAUGCAAGUCCGUGCCACGCUUAGAUACAUUCAAGAUAACCAAUUCCCGGCGGUGACCGUGUUCCGCAACAACAAUCCACACUACUUUCGGCGGGACGAAACCACGGGCUGCUGGUCGCCGGUGCGAUACUGAAUACGGCCCGGCCCGGUGCCUAAAGGCGGCUGAUGGCUUGCCCAGUACUUUGAGUCUCUUUACUGUUCGUAUUUAACCAACGUGCCAACCUGUCGUUCUGCACGUCGUCAUUCGCGGCUCUUUCUUGUUAAGUGUUUGUUUUGUUCUUCUUUCCAACGUAGUGGAAACAUUUCUGUGCCUUUUUGCUCUACCAUUCACUCAGUCUCUCUCGACGUUACACUCUCUAUCUCUGACUAUCUCUCUCUCUGUCUACAUGCUCCCUAACCUUUGAAGCUGUGGAAAUGGACAAACAAAACCGAAUUGUUCUAGAGUUCAGUUCGUACACACUACAAAUGAUCCGACAAACCGAGUGCAGAUGGCCGUAUCCAUUUGCCAUUAUUUAACACCCGAAUAAAAGCAUUAAACUAUGUU